GCGGGUCACAGUGUCACAGUACUCACACUACAGUGUCGCCACAGUUUAUUUUGUUUGAAGUGGUUUGUUGGUUAUGUGUCACAUCUCUAUUUAUAUUAUUUGAGUUAUUAGGAGCACAAACUCAAGGCCUACCUGCAAAAUGUGGAAAGCUAGUGCAGGACACAACGUUGAGCCACAGAAACUGAAUAAUGAUAAUGAUGACGAUUGGGAGACUGAUACCGAUUACGUCAACGAAAUCACUGAGGAGGAGCAGAGAUGGGGAACGUCUGGCCGAACAGCUGGUGCUAUCGAUAUGAACAAACUCCGUGAAGAAGUAGCAUUGGCUGAUGCCACCAGGAAGAAAAAAGAAGUUAAUGAAGCUACGUUUGGAUAUGGUGGGAAAUUUGGAGUCCAGAAAGACAGGAUGGACCAGUCAGCGGUCGGCCAUGAUUACGUUGCUAAGCUGGAGAAGCAUGCAUCACAGAAGGACUACAGCACUGGGUUUGGAGGCAAAUUUGGAGUGCAGACGGACCGAACUGACAAGAGUGCUGCUGGAUGGGACUACAUUGAGGCUCCCCAGAAGCACGCGUCACAAGUAGACUACAGGUCAGGCUUCGGAGGCAAGUUCGGGGUACAAUCUGACAGACAAGAUAAGUCCGCAGUGGGCUGGGACCAUGUGGAGAAAGUGCCAAAACACGAAUCUCAAACCGACUACGCUGUGGGUUUCGGAGGCAAGUUUGGCGUACAGGCGGACAGACAGGACAAGUCCGCAGUGGGCUGGGACCAUGUGGAAACUGUUCCUAAACAUGAGAGCCAACUUGACCAUAACAAGGGGUUCGGUGGAAAGUUCGGCGUGCAGGAGGACAGAGUUGAUAAGUCAGCUCACAACUUUGCUGAUGAGCCUCAACCAGUCGGAACACGAUAUCAGAAAGAGAAGCCCGAGAUUGGGUCUGUAAAACCAUCCAAUCUAAGAGCCAAAUUUGAAAAUUUGGCAAAACAAGGUGAAGAAGAGGCCAGGAGGAAAGCUGAGGAAGAGAGGAAAAAGAGGAGAGCACAAGAGUUGCAAGAAGAGAAAGAAGCUAGGGAAAGAGAAGAAAGGAGGCUGAGAGAAUUGAAGGAAAAAGAGGCAGCCACGGUGAAAGCCCCUCAACCAGUCACUAAGGUUGCUCCAGUACAAGAUGAACUGGCCGAGGAACAUCUGAAGAACUACCUGGAGAAGGAAGAACCAGUGAGAAUAACACCAGCUCAACCUCCGGUGGUGGUAGCGGAACAUCCGGCUCCCAAGGCUGUGGAAGUUGUAGUACAACCAGAACCACAACCAGUGAAACAGCCUGAAGUAAGGCAACCGGUACCAGUACAACCUGUACCAGCACAACCGGUACCGGUACAACCUGUACCAGCACAACUGGUACAGGCACAACCUGAACCUGAGGUGGAGCCUGAACCCGAGGUGGAAGGAGUAGAGAAUUAUGAACUAGAGGAAACCGGCUACUCUGCCGUCGCACUUUACGACUACCAAGCGUCUGCCGGUGAUGAAAUAUCAUUUGAUCCAGAUGAUGUGAUAACGAACAUUGAAAUGAUUGAUGAAGGCUGGUGGAGAGGCUACUGUAGGGGUCAGUACGGACUAUUUCCUGCAAACUACGUCAUCCUUCAGUAAAUAAGCUCAACAUGACUCAAAACGUAUUCAACAAGGAAGCGAAUAUUUUUAUCGAAUGACGUUGGCCUACAAUAGUAGGUGUUAUGUACAAAUGUUUUAUUGUGGUAUUUGAAUUUGUAUUCCUAGGGAACGGCAGAUUAAUAAUAUUGUAUUUUAGUUUAUUAUCUAUGCAAGAGAAAGUGGAUGUGUUGUAGGGCCUCUUUAAUUCCUUAUGCAAUUGGAAGUGACAUUUUCAUCCACUCAGCACAUAAAAUCCUGCUGGGCAGGGCCGCCCCGAGGGUAAUAGACACCCGGGGCGAGAUUUAAAUUUUCGCCCCUUCCCAAAAAAGGUAUUUGGGGGUUUGCGUCUUCAGCCGUCGUUAGACCCAACAUCCGAUAUAUCGAUAUUGAACGUUUUGCAUAGUAUUCUUUAUAAAUGUAACAACUAAACUGAACUAAAUUAGGCUACUAAAAACAUUGAAUCUACGACCAUAGAUAAAACAUACUGGUACUAUGUUUUAUCUAUGCUACGACUGACAACGGACAUCACAAAACGACUAUGAGUUGACGUGAGUUUGUUGAGCUUUGAGGUUAGAAACAAGCAAGUGUAUGUGGGGCGUCGCGAAUACGCAGUGAGUAUCUUGGCCUCGCAGUAUUGCCAAUUUUUAAGUCACAUGCCAGAUGUAAAAGUAGUAAUAGUACGAGUUGUAUAUUAAAUAACGGUAUUUAUUUUAUAAAUAAAACGAAAGCUAUCUUGCCUUUUUUUUAAUAGUCAUUGUCAUUGAUUACAUGUUUGCGAGUUUCCGGUAAAAUAUUUGUUUGCGGUUUGCCAAUAACAUUGUUACAUUUUUACCUUCCAAAGCCCCUAGCUGCGGCGCCCAGGGCGGUCGCUCCUCUCGCCCUGCCCUCGGGGCGGCCCUGCUGCUGGGAUGAAAAUUAAACACAAAAAUAACCUAAGCUUGUUACUUUUGUGUGAGUGAAAUGAAUUCCAACCAAUAUUUUUUCAAACACUUUAGGACAGUUUAAAAAAAUCUUUAAAACUAAAAACUUCCAUAGGGGUUAUGACUGCCUUCUUUUAAAAGUGUUUCAGUUUCUAUCAAUACAAAAUGCCAAUGGCGUAGACGUUUGAAAUAAAAACAUCAUGACAAAAAGAGCACAAUUUAAUCUAUAGUAGGGACCACAAGGGUCUGCAGUUGAGGGAGGAGCCUAUUUACCAUGUGACUUCGAAGGAGCCAAUGAGGACAGUGUGGUGUUACCAAAUCUAAUAAUACCAGCAGAUUUGAAAAUACUGUAUAGUAUUUUAAUAAGUGUCGUCUACGGGCGAUAUGGCAACCUCGCACUAGCCUUGUCUUGUGAUUGGCUGCCGCCAACCAAUGACUCUGGUGGUCUUUCUAGUGUUUUUGGUAUAGUUUUAAUACCUUAACACAUUUUAGGAUUGCACAAAACCCUCUUACGGUAAAAUCUAAUGCACUUGAUGUCAGGGGUAAUAUAUAAAAACCUUUACUCAAAUAUUGUAUUUAAAUUUUAAUGGAUAGCUUUUUUGGCCUUUGGGUACAUAAAAAAAAAAAUAAAUGAAUCGGUCUCAGGUCUAUGUUAAGCCAAAAUAGCUUAUUUCCCAUAUAAUAAUUGGCUAAAAUUAUUAAAAAAAAUAGGCAUACCUCAAGCUUAAUUAGCUCUAAAAUUCAAAGGGACGAACGUUUCAAAACACUCUGAAAUUAGUUCAAUAAGACAGUAAUAACUAUGCAUAAAAUCUAUAUAUUAAUAGGCAAGCAUGUUUCUCUGAAACCUUUUUUCUCAGCUUGUGUGGAUCGGAGGGAAAAUCCACGCAUACUGUUUUAGAGAUAUUUUCCUGUAGAUGUGCAGAAUCCCUUUACAAAUAAAAAUAGUCUCAAAAUAAAAUACAAAAAAUGAAUUUAAAAUUAAAAAAUUAACAUGGACCUUAUGAGUUGCCAAGCUGGUGACGAAAUAACUACGAAAUAUAAACAGAAAAUAAAAAAUUAAAGAAAUUCCAGUCACAGGUCGGGGUGAAAAUAGAAAAGUCUGUACAUUACAUAUUUUUGGUUGAGUUUUCGACCACUGGACGACCUCUAGUAUUAUUUAAUCAAUGUUUUCAGUCGUCCAUUCCAUGAAGAAACUACUAUUGUACCAAAUAUUAAAAUGUUUUCUGCAAGUAGGAUGGCCAGAUGUUAAAAUCCAUUUGGCAUUAUGCCUGUGUUUUAUGUAGGUUUUAUUAUAUUGUACAGUAUUUUUUAUAUUUAAAAAUAAUUAUGUUUAUAUUUUGGUGUUAGUAACCCUUAUUACUGUUAUAAUUAAUAACCUUAAUUAUUAUUUCCUUAUAGCGUCAUGUAACUUUAAUAAAAAGUAUAUCGUUAUCUAUUACAUAUCUGUUAUAAUUAAAAUAAAUUGUGUUUAUGUCAAUUUAUAUUAAGCUGAUUUUUAUGUACUUAAUCAUCCAAAAAUUGUACACGCUCUUUUCAACAACUUGGAAAAAAAUAUGAAUUAUUGUCUAUUGUAUCUAGGAUUGUCUUUUGAGUCUAAAUAAUAAAUAUUUUUAAAUAUGAAUUAUAUUUGUAAGGGAUGAAAUGACAAAGUAAUUUAUAUGAAUAGGGUUGAUUUAUUAAAAUGGUUAAAUGAGAACUAGUCAGGUAUUAUUAUAUAAGCUGUUUUCGUAUUAUUAAUAAAAAAUAAAGUUUACUAGUGUUACAUUUUAUUGAAUAUGACAAGUAUUUGCCAUUUAUUAUGUUUUGCUUUUUCGAUUAGCUAAUGCUUUGACUUUGUGUAAUUUGGUUUGUAGGACGCUAUUUCAUUAUUAUUUAAGUGUUCCAGGAUAUAUUAUCAUUAUUCUUCCCAGUAUUUUAUAAGUUAUGUAUAUUAGCCUAUUUUGUGCAAUACAAUAUAAUUUUUAUAUAAUAAACGUGAUUUAAAUAUAGCAUUUUUGUAUUAAACUAUGUUAAUCAGUCAAACAAUCGAUAUCAAUUAAAUAAGUUUAAUUACUGUAUUUAUUUGUUAGUGCUGUUUAAAUAGAUUGUUUUAUAGUAUUGACUUGUAUUUUUUAACUAUCAUAAGCUUAAUAAAAA